AUGGAAGACGAGGGUAUACUUGUUCAAGUCACAUUUGAAGUUGGGUACUUCAAAAAAGGAAAUGGCUCUUGUGUUGUGCUACUAAUUGGUGGAUUGAUGCACAACUUAUUUAAUCACAAUUGCUUUCGAGAAAUCCAGAGAACCCUAUGCAAUAAGUAUACGGUGUGUACUGUACAAUUGAGAAGUACUGGAUGUGGAUUUGGGAUAUAUACAAUCGACGACGAUGUCGAGGAUAUCACUGCGAUCAUUGAGGAUUUAAAGAAGAAGCAAAAAGUCGAGCGAAUUGUGUUGAUUGGACACUCGACGGGGUGUCAAGAUGUUGUAGCAUGUUUGCGUCAGUCUUUGGAUAAGAAGUAUCCAGUUGUAAAAUGCGUGUUACAAUGUCCUGUGAGUGACAGAGACUUUGGAAGAACUUUUCAUGGGAUUAACGAAGAAGUUGGUCGUUUGAUGAAGAAGUACAAUGCGAAGAGUGAAAAAGAGUUAUCUUCCUUACCAAACGUCAAUUCACUGACUGACGCCUCGAAUGAGAAAUACGCAGAAAACAUCAUGUUAAUGGAGAGGAGAUUCAUUUCGCUGUUUGCACAAGGUGGAUAUGAGGACUUUUUUUCGACGGAUAUUACUAAUGAAGAGUUCAGUAACAUUUUCCAAUGUAUUCAAAUUCCCGUGUUGUUAGUUUUUGCUACGCAAGAUCAAUACGUGCCAUAUUCAUCGGAAGAGUAUGCACUUUUAAUGAAGAGAAUAUGUGCGUCAAAUACCAAUUUUACGAUGAAAACUGUAGCUGACAACCACUCCAUGGAAGGCGAUGGUCUUCAAGUGUUUGUUGAAUUAGUGAAGGAGUUCUUAUAA